AUGUCCGGCCCUGUAUCCCGGUUGCGGAGUCUGACUGCGCAGCUGCUCCACAAAAGCACCGACGACGGCCACCACAACUUUAACCGGCACACGCUCUCACCGACAUUUUUCCUGCCGCGCGCUGCGGCGAUUGAGCCCGAUGCCCAAGCCGUCUACCACAUUACGGCCAACAAUAAAGUACUCAGGAGGUCGUAUAUCGAGACUGCGGACCGGGCAAGAGGCCUAGCAUAUUAUAUCAAGAAGCAUGGAUAUAAAAGAGUUGGAAUUCUCAGCCCAAACACGCCUGCGUUCUUGGAGUCGAUUUUUGGAAUCGCAGCUGCCGGCGCAGUGAACGUCGCGGUAAACUAUCGUUUAAAAACGGAAGACGUUGCCUAUAUCUUUGAACAUUCUGAAGUUGAUGCUAUUAUCGUCGAUCAGGAAUACCUCCACCUGCUGGAUGAAUUUCGAAAGACUCGGCCCGACUUUCCUGUCAUUAUCGAUACUGACACCGAUGCUGUUGAUGGAGAACUUAGCGGUCCCUUUGAUGCUGCCGUUCUUGAAGGCUUGAAGUAUGAUACGCAGCUGGGAAAUCAUGGGUGGAAUGCGCUGGAAACACACGCUGAGGAUGAGGAGUCCCUUAUUGCUCUAGCAUAUACCAGCGGGACAACUGCGCGGCCUAAGGGUGUAGAGUAUAUUCAUCGUGGGUGCUAUUUGGCGGCUCUUGCGAAUGUAAUUGAAUCCGGCUUGAAUUACGCCCAGGGGAGAUGUCGCUACCUCUGGACACUUCCAAUGUUCCAUGCAAUGGGGUGGACAUUCCCUUGGGCUGUCACAGCAGUACGGGGCACUCAUUACUGCUUACGGAAGAUUGACUACCCCGAGAUCUGGCGACUACUCAAGGAAGAAAAGAUCACCCACUUUAACGCUGCUCCCACUGUCAAUACAGUACUUUGCAGCUCUAAGGAGGCUGAGAGACUUCCAGAUCCUGUGCGGGUCACUGUGGCGGCUAGCCCGCCCACCCCCCAUCUUUUUGAGCAAAUGUCGAAUUUAAAUCUAUAUCCGGUUCACGUAUAUGGUCUUACGGAAACAUAUGGGCCCAUCACGAAAGGCUACCAUAUGCCGGAAUGGGAAACAAUGCCGUUGAAGGAUAAAUAUCAGAGAAUGGCUCGACAAGGCCAUGGUUUCGUAACAAGUCUUCCAGUUCGGGUUAUCAAGACUGAGGUGCCUGAAGGCACAAUUAUUGACGUUGAGCGCAACGGUAAGGAGAUUGGCGAAAUUGUUUUCACCGGAAAUAUAUGCGCCAAGGGUUACUAUAAUGACCCAGAGGCGACACGGAAGCUCUUUGCGGGCGGAGUUCUUCACUCUGGCGAUCUAGCCGUCUGGCAUGCAGAUGGGGCUAUCCAAAUUUUAGAUCGGGCGAAGGAUAUCAUCAUUAGUGGAGGCGAGAAUAUUUCUUCGGUUGCGCUCGAAGCCAUGCUUGCCACCCACCCGGAUAUUCUCGAAGUCGGGGUCGUCGCCGUCGCCGAUUCACAUUGGGGGGAGCGGCCCAAGGCAUUUAUCACAGUCAAGGCCGGGAAAACACUGACAGGGGAACAAGUCAUCGAGUGGGCAAAAUUCAACAGCGGGAUCAGCCGAUUUAUGGUCCCUAGAGAAGUCGAGGUUCUCUCAGAGCUGCCUAAAACGAGCACAGGCAAAGUGAAGAAGAACGUACUGCGUGAGUGGGCAAGGGGAGCGGACCGCAAUGCUGUAAAAUAG